AUGGUCGAGUCUAAUAGCGCAUCUCAUGCGUCCCUCCAGAGAGUCGCUGCGCAGCCUGAAAACCCUUAUGCGGGGUUGAUCGAGGAUCAAUCCAUUGCGGUCAUCCCAUCCUUUACGCUCGAGUCGGGUGUCACUCUCUACAAUGUCCCCGUGGCAUACACGACCUUGGGAACACUCUCGCCGAAAGGUGACAAUGUUCUGGUGAUCUGCCAUGCGUUGAGUGGGAGUGCCGAUGUCGCAGACUGGUGGGGCCCCCUCCUCGGUGGCCCGGGCCAAGCUUUUGAUGUCUCGCGGUUCUUCGUGGUCUGCUUGAACAGUCUGGGCAGCCCCUACGGGAGCGCCAGUGCAGUGACAUACAAGGAUGGCAACCCCGACAACGGUUACUACGGGCCCGAAUUCCCGCUGACGACUGUCCGCGAUGAUGUAAAUAUCCACAAAUUGGUGCUGGACGACUUGGGCGUGAAGCAGAUUGCCGCGGUUGUCGGGGGAUCCAUGGGCGGAAUGCUCACGUUGGAGUAUUCCUUCUUCGGCAAAGACUACGUGCGAGCCAUCGUACCCAUUGCCACCUCCGCACGCCACUCCGCAUGGUGCAUUAGCUGGGGCGAGGCACAGCGGCAGAGCAUUUACAGUGACCCGAAGUAUGACGACGGGUACUAUGCGUUCGAUGAUCCGCCGGCUACUGGUCUCGGAGCGGCUCGCAUGUCUGCUCUCCUCACCUAUCGAAGCCGCAACUCGUUUGAGUCGCGAUUCGGUCGAAACGUGCCGGACCCGUCGAAGCGGCAGAAUAUCAACGGGACCGAGAAACUGCCCACGCCCCCCAAUGAACACUGGGCAAUUCACAAUGACGGACAUAAAGGCGGGCUGUCUUCCCGGUCUGGAAGCAGGCAGAAUUCACCUGCCCCUCAGACCGAGGUCCAAUAUAUGGACCCACAGUUUUCGGGUACGAAGACCUUCUCCGUGUCGACCGAGACCAAGCCUCGAACCGAUUCUGUCGGUCGCCCACGACCGCCCACCUAUUUCUCAGCCCAGUCGUAUCUUCGCUAUCAAGGCGACAAGUUUGUCAAGCGAUUCGACGCCAAUUGCUAUAUUGCCAUGACGCGCAAGCUGGACACACACGACGUGUCUCGGCACCGUGCUAGUCCGACGGCCGAGGACCCCGUUCACGAGGCCCUCUCACGCGUUGAGCAGCCGGCACUGGUUCUAGGAAUUGAAUCAGAUGGCCUCUUUACCUUUGCGGAGCAGCAAGAGAUUGCUGCGGGAAUCCCUGAUUCUCGGCUCAAGCGUAUCGACAGUGCAGAAGGCCAUGACGCUUUCCUGCUGCAAUUUGAGCAGGUAAAUCACCACAUUGUGGAGUUCUUCCAUGAAGUGUUACCGGAUAUCAUGGCCCAGGUUAGCGCGGAUGGUGCCGCGGCUGUGGCCAGUGUCAACAAGUUGACCAAGAGCAGCACCUUCGGGGAAGCAGAGGUGGAAGACAUUACCGCGUGGUAA